AUGGAGAGAGGAAGAGGCGGUUACGGCGGAAGAGGGAACAACGGAGGAAGAGGCGGAGGAGAGAGAGGGAGCAGAGGCGGUUAUGUAAACAGAGGAGGGAGAGUUGGUGGUUAUGCUGACGUGGUUUACGGCGGCGGGAAUGGCGGUCGAGGAGGAGCUGAGGGAGGAAGAGGCGGUUAUGGUGGCGGCGGCGGUGAGAGAGGAAGAGGCGGUUAUGGCGGAGGCGGCGAGAGAGGAAGAGGCGGUUAUGGCGGAGGUUACAACCGUCAACAACCGCAAGAUCAGAGGAGUAAUCAGAGCCGCGGCCAGCCUGGGAGGUCUGAUCAGCAAUCUUGGAGGUCGCCUUCUUCGGCUUCUUCUCAGCCGCAAGAUCAGCAGUCUUGGAGGUCUCCGGCUGCUUCUCAGCCGCAGGAUCAGCAGGCUUGGAGGCCUUCUGGUCAACCGCCGCAGGAGCAGCAGUCGAGUCAGAAUCGCGGCCAGUCUUGGAGGCCUAAUCCGGCACCGUCUACCCCAUCGUUUAACGAUGCUCUUGUUUCUGGAGUGCAAUCGCUGAAAAUCUCGAAGCAGACACCAUCUCCACCUUCGUUGAACAGUGCAGAUAAACUUACACCUGCGAGACGACCUGAUAAAGGAGGCGAAAGGUCUGUUAAGACUGUUGGGCUUCGUGCUAAUCACUUCAAUGUCUCGUACGAUCCUCAGAGUACUAUAAUGCACUAUGAUAUUCGUGUCAAACCAGUGAAUGCUACAAGGAAUGGCAGACCAGUUAGAAUUAUGAAGUCUGAUCUUGCUGCAAUCAGAAACAAGUUGUCCUCUGAUAAUCCAGCACAAUUUCCGUUAUUGAUGACUGCUUAUGAUGGUGAGAAGAACAUUUUCAGUGCUGUGACAUUACCCACUGGAGAGUUCAGGGUGGAGGUUCCUGAGGAAGAAGGCACACGUUUAAGUUCGUAUAUAGUUACCAUAAAGCUUGUAAACGAGCUCAAGCUUUGCAAGCUGAGGGAGUACUUAAAUCGUGAGCUGUCCUCUAUCCCUCGUGAUAUAAUGCAGGGCAUGGAUUUAGUGAUGAAGGAGAACCCGUCCCGGCGCUUGAUUCCUGUUGGCCGCAGCUUUUACCCUGCGGAGUUUAAUCCUGACGAUGACCUUGGACAGGGUACUGCUGCAUUUAGAGGGUUUCAGCAUAGUUUAAGGCUCACUUCCCAGGGUCCUGCUCUGUGUCUGGACUACUCAGUUUUGGCAUUUUAUAAGCGCAUGCCAGUUAUAGAUUUUCUCCAUGAAAAGAUAUGGGGUUUUUCUUUAAAUGAUUUCAGGAGGUUUAGGAGAGAGGUUGAGAAUGUUUUAAGGGGAUUGAAAGUUACUGUGACUCAUCGUCCAACCAAGCAGAAGUAUGUCAUCAAGGGGCUAACUGAUAGGAAUGCAGGGGACAUUACAUUUGAUGCUGUUGAUGUUGAUGGCCUGGUUCCACCUAAGAGGCUUAGACUUGUUGAUUACUUCAGAGACAAAUACCAGGAUAUCAAGUACAAAAACAUUCCUUGCUUGGAUUUGGGAAAAAAUGGUAGGAGGAAUGAUACACCGUUGGAAUUCUGUGUCUUAGUUGAAGGGCAAAGGUACCCCAAGGAGCAUUUGGGCAGAGAUGCAGCAAUUAUGUUGAAGAACAUGUCAUUGGCUGCACCAAGGGUUAGAGAGAGUAACAUACGCAACAUGGUACGGUCGGAAGAUGGACCUUGUGGUGGCGGCAUCAUCCAGAACUUUGGAAUUGAAGUCAACAUGAAUAUGACACAAGUAACAGGGCGUGUCAUUGGCCCACCUGAGUUGAGGCUGGGUGCUUUUGGUGGCAAGGUGACUAAGGUAACAGUUGACAGUGAGAAAUGUCACUGGAAUCUAGUUGGCAAGUCAUUAGUAGAAGGAAAACCAAUAUCUCGUUGGGCUGUACUUGACUUUAGCAGCCAAGACCGGGAUGCACUGGACCCUAAUCAAUUCAUCCCAAAGCUCAUUGCUCGGUGCAACAAAUUGGGAAUGAGAAUGGAAGGGCCUCGCUUUUAUGAGACCACUUCAAUGAGACCAUUUUCUAGUGUUAACCUGCUUCGGGAACUGCUUGAAACUGUCAAUGGGAAGGUACUUCAAGAAGGCUGGGGCCACUUACAAUUACUUGUUUGUGUCAUGUCCAGAAAAGACCCUGGUUACAAGUAUCUGAAGUGGAUCUGUGAGACUCAAAUUGGUAUAGUGACGCAGUGCUGCUUGUCAAAGAUGGCCACCAAAGCCAGUGACCAGUUUCUUUCAAAUCUUGCACUGAAGAUCAAUGCAAAGCUUGGAGGCAGUAAUGUAGAGCUGAUUGACAGGCUCCCGCUCUUUGAGGGUGCUGGCCCUGUCAUGUUUGUGGGCGCAGACGUUAAUCAUCCUGCGGCUCGUAACACAACUAGUCCAUCUAUAGCAGCUGUGGUUGCCACUAUAAACUGGCCUGCUGUGAAUCGUUAUGCUGCACGAGUUCGACCACAGUACCAUCGUAAGGAGAGCAUAUUGAAUUUUGGAGACAUGGUUUUGGAGCUUGUUAAAUCUUAUUAUCGAAUGAAUAAGGUCUUGCCCGAAAAAAUUGUUGUUUUUCGAGAUGGAGUAUCUGAGGGGCAAUUUGAUAUGGUACUUAAUGAAGAGUUGGUAGAUCUGAAGAGGGCUUUGGGAAGUAUACAAUAUUAUCCAACCAUUACUCUGAUUGUUGCUCAGAAACGGCAUCAUACGCGGCUGUUUCAGGAGAAUGGGAGUUCCAAUGUAUCUCCAGGUACUGUUGUGGACACAACGAUCGUGCACCCAUUUGAGUUUGAUUUCUAUCUCUGCAGUCACUAUGGAAGCCUUGGGACAAGCAAGCCGACGCACUACCAUGUUCUUUGGGAUGAGCACUCCUUUACUUCUGACCAGUUGCAGAAGCUCAUAUAUGACUUGUGCUAUACCUUUGCAAGGUGCACAAAACCCGUCUCUUUGGUUCCACCAGUGUACUAUGCUGACCUUGUGGCCUACCGAGGGAGAUUGUACCAUGAGACCAUGACGGAGGGACUCUCUCCAGGUUCCAUAACAUCCUCCUCCUCAGCAUCAUCAUCGGCAACUUCAACACUGUCAGUGGGUUCUGUCGAUGACGGGUUUUACAGAUUGCAUGCUGACCUGGAAGACAUUAUGUUUUUCAUAUAGUAGCUAACUAUUUGCUGUUGUGAAGGGGUUUGUGCGUGAAUUUAAUGGUUUCUUCUGUGUGUGGAAUUGUUAUUUUGCCAUGUAUGCUACUAUUUUUCAAUUCAAACUGUUUUCUGUUGAAGAUUAAUAGGUUUUGAUUUUUAGGUUCUAGAGAUAUAGUAGCAAAGAUCAGAGCUGCCCCAAAUGGGGUCAUUUGGGAUAAUGAGUAAAUGACCUAAAGCUUUGUUGUGGUGACACAAGCUUUGUUGCCUUGUUACAUAAAGCUUCAUCCUCUUUC